AUGACUGAUUAUCGUGUAAAACGAGGCGAAAGAUUGAAGAAAUAUGGACUGGACGCCUCGUUUUCCCUGCUUAGUAUAUGGCUCCCGCACCGGUUCGAGCGACGAUUUCCCAGGGCGCGACGCGGAGCGCGACGCAUAAGCGGACGCACGAUCUCGUCGGGCAUGAUUCGCUCGAUAUUCAGGGCUUGCAGGUCGGCGGCGAACAGGAUGCCGCCGCCGGAGCAUAUCAUGCCCGUGGCGGCGCGCGCGACUGCGAGAUCUGCGCGCCAGUCAUUCCAUCACGUCCCAACGGUGACGCGUCCAUCUUCGUCCUUCGCCGCGCGAUCGGGAGUGAACCAGCAGCGGCCGUCGUUCGCAUGCUCAGAAAUCGCUGGACGGGCUCACUCUUUCAGCACUGAGUCUUCCGAAGAGAAGAAAGAGGACGAUAAGGCAGGGGAGGACGAUGAGACGGAGGGAGCGGAGGACGGCGAGGACGUCAACGAAGACGAGGUCGCAGAUGAGGAGGUGCAGAAGCUGACGGCUGAGUUGAGCGAGAAGACAGCGCAGGUUAAGGAUCUGAACGAUAAGCUCCUCCGUACGCUUGCGGACAUGGAAAACUUGAGGGAGCGGACGAGGCGACAAGCGGAGACGGCCGAGAAGUUCGCCAUCCAGGGUUUCUGCAAGGAUCUCCUUGACGUCGCCGACAACCUCGCGAGAGCAUCUGCUACCGUCGACCCCGAGGCCCUGGAGACGGAGACCGACGCGGCUAACAUUAAAAACGUACUCGCUUCGCUGCACGAGGGCGUGCUCAUGGUGGAGAAGCAGUUGAUGUCCACCUUUGGGAAGCACGGCGUGGUGAAGUUUGACCCGGCGGAGGGUGACCCGUUCAAUCCCAACGAUCACAUGGCGUUGUUCAACGUUCCAAAGGGCGAGAAGGAGGCGGGGACGGUCGCAGCCGUGACCAAGGUGGGGUACAAACUCCAUGAUAGGGUGAUCCGCCCGGCCGAAGUCGGCGUGUUCCAGAGCUAA